UUAUUAUAGUUGAAGAAGAAAUUGGUUAUCAUGAAAAUGGAAAAGUUAAAUUUGCUCCUGUAAUAAUUAUUUGGGAUCUUUUCUCUUAUAAAAGUAAUAUUCAUAAAAUAGAUAUUAAAAAAAUAUUUCCAAUGUUACAAGGAAGUGCGAAUUAUUCAAUUGCAAAUUCAAGUGGAACAAUUAUUUCUGUCACUGAUGAUGAAAAAAUUUUUUCUAUUCUUCAUAAUCCUAUUAUUGAAGCAUUAUUGAAUAGACAUUUGAGAGUUUCGGAAAAUCUCUUAAAACUCUCAUUUCAAAAUAUUUAUGACCAUUCUACGGAUAAAUUUAAAUAUUAUCAUAUAAUAUUUCAAUUAGAUGGAAAAUGGUUGGAUGCAAGAAAGGAAAAUAAUCGUUCUAUCGUUGUUAAUAACAAAGAACCAUGGGUACAUUAUAAACAAUAUAGACGAAUUUCAGCUUAUUUGGAUGAAAAGAAAUCAAUUCAAUUGAUUAUAGGUGAAUCAACUGUUCAAGUAUGGCGUAAAAAAGAUCGUAACGCAAAAUCUAAAAGAGUUUUAGAAUAUAUAUGGACAAAUCCAGGAAAUCAAAGAAUUCUCAUUGAUUCUCUUUCAAUUGGAAAACAUGAAUUUUCAUUAGAUUUAAAGAUCCCAUCUAAACAUAAUAGUAUGAGUUUUUUAGGAAUAAAUAUUCAUUGGCCACAAAAUACACAUACUUUGAAGGAAGCAUGUGAAGCUCUGGAAUUUCUAUAUAAUCGAAGGAAUGAACCAGUUGGUCCAAAAAAUCAAAAUAAAUUCGAAUCUUUGGUUCAUGAUACGGAAAAACUUGUUAUUCAUAUUAUUAAAAAAUAUCCGAAUGUUUGGAAAUUGUCGGAAAUUCGUUUUAAUCUGAUGGCUAACCUUAUUCGUGGACAUCGAAUUAAUUUAAUAAAACGUAUUCUUUUCGAGAACACAUCAUUAAGAAAUAAUGUAGAUUGUCCGAUUUACAUUUGUCGAAAUUUACAUGUUCCAAGGCUUCACGAUUUGAAAAGUUCAAUAAAGAAAAGUGAUUUGCAAAUUGCAAUUGAAAGUUCGGAAGGUGCGCAUCGUAAGAUAGUCGCGAUGUUACUUGAAUAUUAUUCAAAUAAUGCUAUGCAAAACACGGGUUGGAUGUUUACCGUUAGCAAAGUUAUUCCUUUGUUAAUGGAACGUAAUUUAGAUAUAUAUAUCAAAGAAAUGUUUUAUAAACCAUGUUUUGGCGCGAAAGAAGAAUAUUUGGAUCCUAUAUUUAUUAAUCAAAAGGAGUUGAAAAGGGGAUACAAUAGAUCAGUUUAUGCGUUAAAUGUUAAACCAGGUUUAAUACAGAAGCAAGAACAGAAAUCUUGGUGGAAAAAAGUAAAGAGCGUUCGUCCAAGUUUUAAAAGGAACAAGGAAGGAAAACCUGAAGAAUUGCCAGUAACAAAUUUACGUGUAGUCCCACUUCCAGAUUUCACAGUUUACCCUGAAGGUAUUGAUAAAAAAGCUCCUAAAUGGAAAAUUCCUUUUCUUCUCACAAAAAUAUUAUUAAAGCCGAGAGGCUAUACAUUACAAGAAGAUCAUCAGAGAAGUUCUUUUCUACGUUUCAUUAGACAAGAUGAGAACGAAGUAUUAUACGAUAAUCCAGCAAUGGAAGCUUGUAUAAAUUUUAAAUGGGAAUCAGCACGCAAUCACUUUAUACGACAUAUUAUAUUAUAUAUACUUUAUGCUGUUUUGUUUGGUAUCAUCACUGGAGUUAUUGAUUAUAAAGAAAAAAUUUCUUAUUUAUAUUAUUUUAUAUUUUAUUAUCUUGGAUAUUAC